AUGGCAUUUAAGAUUGUUCUAUUCGCCACUUUGUUGGCCGCUACCCAAGCCAGCCACUUGGCCUACGACGACAUUGCAGCCCCAUUGGAAUACACUUCCAUCUCUGUCCCAACCGUCCAACGUUACCUGCACCAAUCCGCUCCAAUCGUCACCAAAGUGUUGGAACAAGGCCCAGCACCAAUUUACACCAAAGUUCACCACGAACCAAUCGUAGCUCCAGUCACUAAGACCCACGUUCAACCAGGACCAGCCGAAUACGACUUCGGGUACUCCGUGGAUAAUCCUUAUGAUACUCAUCACCAAAACAGGGUGGAGUCCAGACGUGGUGAUUUUGUGACCGGCAGCUACUCGGUCUUGGAUGCCGAUGGUUUUCAUAGGGUUGUUGAUUACACUGCUCAUCCGCUCGAAGGGUUCAGAGCUGUUGUCCGCAAAAAUGGAGUCAUUGUUUAA